AUGGUCCCUGUAGACAGAGAACGCCUGUCGGUUACACGCGCCCAAACCAGCCUCCACAAAACCACAAAAAUGGGUUACGAAAAUCGAGGUAAUGCAGCUGGCUAUUUGGAAGCGCAUCGUGCCACUUACGCCGUGGCCAUCAGACUCAGCUGUUGCGGCGCAACCACGUCUAAAACGCCCCCAAAACAAACUCAGAUGGAAACUUACAUAAUAAAAGCAACGUUCUUGUGGCUGUCCCUGAUGUUGAAGACUUUCUGUCUACUGGUUAAGUGUCGGAUGGGCCACGGCGUUGGGAUGCCGGGGGCGGGGCGCUUUGCAGAACGGUAG